GUUGUUGCACAUCGACGUCAACCGCUUUCAGUGCUAUAGCGCGUUCCUCCGCGCUAUAUCUACAUAACCUAAAAAUUUACAAUUUAAUUUCAUCUUAUUCACUGUUAACUAGUACAUUAAAUACUCAUGAUUACCUCUAGUUCAUAAAAGUUGUGGUGUGGAGUCAACGCCCAAUUGAGUGGCGUUUGUUGAGUGUAGUUUGUGCAACACAAAGUAAAUAUAAACGGCAAGCUGUGGGGUUCAGGGGCCUUUUUUUUGCCGCCGCAGGGGAUGUACUAUCCUGUGAGUAACGGCAAUGUCAUCGAUACAGGAACACCUACCCUACUGCACAUGGUGGGCACGGGGAUGGCGGCCCCGUUCCCUGCGGCGGCGGCGGCUGCGGCAGCCGCUGCGCAGUUCGCGGCCAACGGCGACCUCAGCGCGGUGAAGGCGGACAACGGCCCCGCCCCACCGCCCCAGCCCCCGCUCGUCAAGAGCGAGGGCCCGCCGACGCAAGUGCCCCUCCCGCCGACCAACUUCUCGCCCCAGCCGCCACCACAGCCACACACGCAGAACUCAGUAGAAAACCAAAAUAAUACCUCACAAAGCGAAGGAGAAUCCAAUGAUGAGAGCACACCAGUGAGCGUAGCCGCAGCGGCGGCGGUCGCGCAACAAGCGGCCGCGGCUCACGCGGCUGCGGCUGCCGUCAGCGCGGCCGUAGCGGCCGGCGCCGCGCCGCCUGCCCCGCCCGACAAGAGCCUCGUGCCUGUCUCGCAGGCCUCGCAACCGAAGCGGCUUCACGUUUCCAACAUACCGUUCAGAUUUAGAGAUCCCGAUCUUAGAAACAUGUUUGGGCAAUAUGGCACAAUACUUGAUGUAGAAAUAAUCUUCAACGAACGCGGCUCUAAGGGAUUCGGUUUUGUAACAUUCGCAAAUAGUGGUGAUGCGGAGCGAGCACGAGAGCGUCUACACGGCACCGUGGUUGAGGGCAGAAAGAUAGAGGUUAAUAACGCUACAGCGAGAGUGCAGACGAAGAAACCGCCUGCAGUUCCGAACGUGUGUGUCCAGUGGCCCGAAGCCCCCGCGGCGGCUCUCCGCGGCGCGGCAGUCCUGCGCGGCCGCUCGCCGCGCCCGCCCGCCGCGCCCGCACACCCCCACCCCCUCCAUUCCGCCGUGAUGCCCCGCGCCGCCGCAUUCGCCUCGCCGUUGCACGCAUACGCACCCGUAUAUUACGACCCGUUCUUAGCUGCAGCGGCUACAGCUGACUCGAACUACAGACUCCAGGAAUCGGCGUGGUUGCAGGCGGCGGCGGCAGCGGCGGCCGCAGCGGCACCGCUACUGAAGUCCCCGCUCACGACGGCGCAGCACGCGGCGGCGGCGGCCGCGGCCGCUAACUACGGUGCGGCCGCGCGCGCAGCCGCCGCCGCCGCCAGCGCCGCGCCCGCACCCACCGCGCUCACGCCGCUAGGCGCCGCGUACGGCAGGGAGUAUGCAGAUCCGUAUCUAGGCCAUGGAAUAGGUCCGGUAACAGGAUACGGGACUGCGGUCUACAGAAGCGGAUACAACAGAUUCGCACCAUAUUAAGCCAGUGGAACAAAGUAGAAUUUUAUUACUCGAAUAUGUAAACUACCUUCGUCAUCCUUACGUAACAUGACAAUGAACUCUCUUUGUAAACGUACAAAAAUAAUUAUAGGUAUCAAUAAAAGUGCUAGCCGAUUACUAUUUAAGUGAGCUUGGAUAGCAGUCGAUAGGCAGGCGAGCGAGCCCUCAGGGGCCCGGAACUUAUGAAUACCAAAGUCAUUAAAAUUUCUAACAGAAAUAGUUAAGUUGAACUGUAUUGUAAAUUAUGUGAGAGAUGCAUAUACAAGUGCGAGCAGCUAACAGAAAGUACAGUCGUUCUUUUAGAUAUUUGUAAGAGUUACUAUUUUACUAAUACACGUGAUUGGAAAUUUAUACCUACAUAUUAUUAAUGUACGGUAUAAUAUAGCGUAGUUGUUAUAUUCAUACGAUUGACAAUAGAAUAUUUUCAUGUAACGAUAUUUAGUGAGCUUUGCACUUGCAUAUCAUAGAAAAAUUGUAAAUAUUGAAUUCGAGCACUUUUUACUAAUUUAUCAAAAUACCUACUUUUUAUUUAAAUGGAUCAUUUAAUACGCUUUCCAAUGUAGUAGUGCGCUGCAAUUCAAUUUUUAAUGAAACUGUUACUAAAGAGAUGUAUCCCGCUAUUCAUACCACGGUUCCGUGGAGCUUGUAGUAAAACUGUCUUCAUCAAAAUUUCUUUCAUCGUGAAAUAUUAUUUUUGAUACUGUUUUAAUUUCACCUGUAUUUUAUAAACGUAUAGUCCUAUAAUUAUAAUACAAGUUGUUUGUAUUCAAGUAAUGAAUACGUGUCUCUUAUAUACGUUUAAUACGUAGGUAGCCGUUUUGUAGUAUAUUUUAAUAACGUUUACAAUGUGGUGCGAAUAGAUAUUGGUGCCAUUUAUUUGGUUGUUAUUUACAAUUAUAUCCUCAUAAUGUAUUUUGUGUGUAACCAUUACCUACAGUAGUCAUAGAUCUUAGUUGAGUAUUUGCUCGGUGCUUAAAUACAUACAAGGUUCCCAAAUGUUGCAGUCUACCAUAAACUUUUUAAUAACCAAUAUAUAAAUAUAAAAUAUUAAAGCUUAAAGCUUCCAGUUCCAGAAGAGGUUUGUGCUGCAAUUACUCAUUUAAUUUUAACGUUUGUCGAUUGCAACGUUUAUAUUUCCCUUGUAAAAUACGUCUUCCUUCGAACAACCACCUGUCUCUAUUCCAAGAACAGGUUAAUGAAGAAUCGCGAUCGUCGCAACCAUUCAUAUUGGUGGAAAAAUUUUUAGUUACAUCACGAAGAAUAGUGGCGAUCGCAAUUAUUGCCUCAAACCGACUAAGUCCGAGUAAUAAGCUCUACAAAUAGAUGUUUGUUUCCACCAUGCUACUUCGUGUACAGUCCGCUUUCAUAGUUUAAUGUUUACUUUGGAGUCCUGUAGAGUGGAUCGAGUUGUUUAUCGGUCGUUAGUUCUAAAAUCUAAUUUUACUAAAACAUAGUUAUAUCGCUUUAGAUGUAGUGUUUAAGUGAAAAGUACUCCAUGGAGUUCUUACAUAUCACUGAGAUUUCUCCUUGUAAUUAUGUUUUAAUUCUACUACUGUAUCUAAUUUACAGUGCUAUUCUAUCUAUGAUACCUUCAUUUUAUGGAACAAAUAUGCGUACGGGUCCAACCCUUUAGACAUCGUAAUGUUUAGAUCUAAAGUUUGCAUUAGUAUUGUAAAAUAUUGUAACAUCUAUGAAUUCGCUCAACGUUUAUACCAAAGCACAAAACCCAUCGAUUCAUACGUUCGCGGCGCUUUGCAUGUCAUUUAUUUCUUCUCAUUAGAUUUAAUAGUCUUUCAGUUAGGAAAAACUUAAAAAAUCUUCGAGUAGUGUAUUGAUAUAAUUUGGUCAAAAACAAUUAGUUAUUACGCUCGUUUUAAUUUUAAUUUCGUCAUAUAGAAAUAGUUGGUGCCUGAAUAUAUUUUUGUGAUCAAAUAUGUUACAGAAGAUCUGAAACAAUUUCUGCUUGCUGUGUCCACUGUUCAGUGAUGUCUUUUUGGGUGACUCAUAAUGAUCGAAUGUUUUUAGGAUUUUGUUCUCUCGUACAUUUUCAAUGUAUCGUGAUUUAUCGUCAUUAUGACAUAUCAAUAUAACCGUAUGUUGCCCGUUUUAAUGUUUUAAUGUUUGUCGAUCUUCGUUGUUAAUUCGUAAGACAGCGCGGUGCCGUCUACAAUAGCUUUAACUUGUAUAAAUAGGCAAACGUUUUGGCUCGCUUGUUAGUCUGAUUUACUAUAAAACAUAUUUGAGAAUAAUAUACAUCCACCGGUACGGGCGGCAUAACAUAUUUCAAGUUUUAGGAUUUCUAGUCUUUUUCGCGCACAAUCGUAUAGGUUUAAAGGUGCUUGAUAGUUACGAAAUACAUUCGUAUAUCUGAUUUGGAAACUUGUUUGUAAGGUUAUUAUUUUUGUGUCAUAUUUUCUUAUUGCCGAUCUGGUAUCCUUCUCACCUAGUAGUGCCACUGGCUUUAUGUUUUAGGUUAAAAUGAGUACCGGCAAACAUUUAUGGAUCCAAGAACCAAUAAUGAUCAAACAUUUCCAUAUUAGAAAGCAAAAAAGCUUAAAUUAUGCGAUAAUUUAACUGCCUUAAAAGUUUUUAACGAAUCAUAUAAAUUAUUAUUUUUAUUAUUCAUCAGCGUCUUACACCCAUCAGAGUAACUAAUCAAGCUUAUAAAACUUUAUUUAACUUUCUAGGAAAGUACAAGUCUGUCAAAGGACUAAACACACAGAUAUUUGGUUUUCCAAAAUGAAAGAUUUACGCCUAGUGUAUGUGACGUUUGUUCACAUCAAAAUUAACAGUAACAAUCCAGAUCAGCAGCUUUUGGGUCGAAUUUUGGGCCCUACCUGGGUUGUGGACACUAUAGUCUUAUAAAUGGGUGGUCCCAGGUUCGAUUCCUGGCAAGGACAAUUUGGUAAUUUAUAAUUUCCGAAUUUCCUCUGUUCUGGUGGGAGUACGAUGCCGCGUAGAAACCGAUUAGUGGUAUAGGUUUAAUAAAACUGCCAUAUCCUUAACAGUCAGUAACUUAGACUGCAUCAUCGGUCUAAAUUGAGGACAAGAUCUUAUUUGUAGUGGAAUAAAAAAAACAUUGAAAAUCUUUCUAAUGUCAUAAAUGAGUUCGUUAUUGGUCUCAAGGACCGUUUUGUCUGGUCCUCCGUUAUUAUUAUACGUUACUGUAGUCAUGUUGCAGCUUCGAACAACACUUGUGCUUUAUUGCUAAAUACUCAUGCGUGAAUGUGUAAUUUUAAGAUAUUUAGUUUUUCUCUAGUUUAUUAUUGAUUUUGUAGGUUUUUUUAAUUAAUGCAAGUUCGUAUUUUAAGUACAGAAACUUAAGUACAUGUGAUUCUUUACGAUGAUUAUUUUUUAUUAUAAUUUUGCGUAAAUCGAUGAUGUCAUAAACAUUUUACUAAUCAAUCGUUUUUUUAAUUGAUUAUUAUUUUCGUGUGAAAAGUAGACGCUGCGGAUUUUAAAGAAGCACUGAUACACCUCGAGGUGGGGCAGGGUUAGAUUUAAGAUAAGCAAGCUCUCUGGCUGCCCCUCUUGAGCCUAAAAUCGCCACGUCUACUUGAAGUCGUUUUCUCUCUAGAUCAAUGCCGAUUUUUAUAUUGGAUAUUGUUUCAACAUUUUUAACGUGAUUUUUCAUGAAAUAUAAAAUAUAAAUCAGAAUAUACGAAAUAAAUUAUUAAGAUUUUAGGUGUUUCAUAAAUCUAAGCCAAAUUGUUGUUACUCGGAGAAAAAUCUGAAUUUAAAUGACAUAUCUGACAAAAUGGUUAGUGUGCUACAAUAAGGUUUUGAAAAGAAUUCAUCAAAAUCAAUGUAUUAUAAAUAUAAUAAUCGUUAAAUUAAGAAUAUGGUGUAUUUUGUAUCAACAAUUGUUUCUCGUUUUUAUGAGAUGUUAAAUCAAUAAUUCGGAACCGUUCAUUCGAUACCGCUGUGCACAAAACAAUCCGUGGCUGCCGUUGCAUUGGUGACGACACACGAAUGACGUUUUCCUCCGCACUGUCUAAACUUUCUGUCAAUUGAACCGCUGGCUUACUGUCAUGUCCAUACAAAAUUUACGAGUGUGCAACCGUCGUCGUUCGCAAAUGAUGAAUGUUGUAUGGAUUUGAAAGGUUGUCGCUGGUUCGCAACUGCCAUAAGAAGUGUUACAGUACGGUGGCAAAUCGUGUGCCGAGACCGCGCGUCCGCCACACUGUAUAUAGUGUUAUCGGCCACGCUGCCGCAUGUUGUGCUAAUUAUUUGGACCUUAGGGUUUAUAUUGUUAUCGUAGCGAGAUAAUAAGUAUCACUUGUUCGUCAAUUGCACUCGUCGCUGUUCAGUUAGAGUAGUAUACUCGAAUAUAAGCAGGGUUAGUAUUAACGCGUGUCCAGAUCAUUUUCGGGAUCGUAGACGUGCCACCGCACUCAGGGUGAUGCACGAUACUGUAAAUUUUAUGGCACGUCUACGAAUCAGGAUACAAUUGGUUUACGUAACGCAUUUCGCCUUUAUGGGAGUACGUAGUUGGUAUUGUUUACGCCCGAUAUUUACUGAAGCGCAGGCGAAGAGUGGAGAAAAGAGAAGAGUAAGUUAACGUGUUUCCUCCACAGGGGAAAUUAGAUGUGCGCUGGUUAACGCCAGGCCGUGGUGAAAUAAAGUAACAACGUUGCUAGUUGGCCGCAAACCGCUAACAUCUCGAAUCCGCUGCGUUCGCGACAUCGAUAAAAUAAAGAUCUCCCCUCUCCGCUUGAACUGUGUCUAUUUAAGCUAUGGAGUAGGGAGAAAUGGGAAUCAUUUUAAACCAUUAGUAAUUUACGAAAUGUCUAUCUUCUCCACCCGUCUCCGCUUCGGAAGAAGCUUCGUUCAGCAAGCUAAUCGCGUGACUUUUUAUAAUUGAUUUCUGAGAUAGGUAACUCCGAACAAGACAGAAAAUGGAACAAAACCGGAACCCCCAUGAGCUAAAUCUACUUAAUUGUUCCAUCGUUCGGCUGCAGCCCCAUUUUGCAACUAGUUUAUCGCUGGUUUGCCUGUCAUAUAUUAUAGUUGUCUCAUUCAUACCACGCGUACUUUUUAACGGCUAAUUUGCAGAAAAAGUGCGGCAGGGAUUUGAUCCAGUCUGCGUCAAUCAAGAGUCAUCAUGGCACUCAGCUGCAAACUAUUUGCCUAGCCAACAAGCACCAGUUAUAUCGCAUGAAAGUAUUUCUGCUACGCGCUAUGCACGUUCUAUACAUUUUCACCCGAUACAAUUGGUUGUUGUCUCGUAUUCGUGCUGCACACGUAUUUGGUGUGCUUUGCUAUUAAUGAGUCAGCAGCCUUCGUUUGUAGACGGUUGUUCCGUUAGCUGUCGUGAGCAGAUUUGCCUGUCGUUACGCGGCGCGAGCUUUACGUAGACCUCGGCACAUGGUCACACGCGACCCUGCGUUGACUAGACCAGAAUUUAGACUAAUUACCGUGCUCAAUCUCCGUAUCUGUAUGUUGUACGUAUAAUGUUAAAACUUAAUGUUUUAAAAUUUUUUAUUAUACCUAAAUACCUACGUUUGUUAUACCUAAUGGAUGUCUUCCGUUUGGCACAUUUUAUAGGAUCAAUGCACAUUUUAAUAUAGCGCGGAAGCCUAGGCCGGCUGGCUGGCGCGGAUUUAUUAUUUUCUUGUUAUUGUCAAUGAUGUUUCGAGCCGAGUGCACAGCGACACUUCUCAUGCGAUUUGUGAUAAAGUAAAUAUUGAAAUGAUUUUUUUCGUGUGGCAAUUUUAUCAUAUAAUGCAGAGCUGAUUUUCUGUACUAUUGUAAAUAUAAUUUUUUUUUAAAUCAAAAAUGUUGAAUGAAGUGAAUCAUUUAAAGCCUUUGGCAUUGUGUACUCAUUUACGUUAUUAAUAAAUUAUAGUAUGAAUUGA